AUGGAUCAGUUACCUGAAGAAUUGCUCUUGAGAAUAUUGUCGUUUCUGCCUACAAUGAAAGAUGUUGUGGCCACAAUGGUUUUGUCAAAACAAUGGAAGUCUCUUUGGAUGUUUGUGCCAGAACUGGUAUACGAUGAUAGCUAUCAAUCCAUUGAUUAUGAAAGAUUUUCCCGCUUUGUAGACAGGUCUUUGUUUCUGCACGAGGCUCCAGUUAUAGAAACUUUGUAUUUCAAACUUGGUCAAACAUGUGGUGCUGAAGAUAUUAGAGUCUGGAUUAGAGCUGCAGAAAAGUUUUCUGUGCGUGAACUGCAUAUCAAGUUCGUCAGCCCUUCUGAUGCAUCUCCAACCAUACUUCCGAGGAGCUUGUACACACGGUGCAGAAUGCUUGUUACCUUGAUACUAGUUGAGGCGGUUCUUGUGGACGAUGUUAAUUGUCCAAUUUCUUUCCCUUCCCUCAAGUUAUUGCAUCUUGUAUACUUGACGUAUCCAGGUGGUGAUGAAUUUGUCAACAAGCUUUUAUCAAGUUGUCCUGUGCUUGAAAAAUUGGUUGUGAUGCAGUUUCCUGGUGAUAAUGUGACUAUUUUCACCAUUAGAGUGCCUUCUCUAAAGCAUCUACGGAUGCUGAAACCAUUACAACAUUAUAGUGAUAAUGCACAUGGUUUUGUGAUAGAUGUUCCUUCUUUGGAGACGUUGGAAAUAGUUGAUUAUACGGAUGGGUUUUGUGUCAUUGAGAAUGAAAUGCCUAAUAUUGUAAGAGCAUCUAUUGACUGUAAUCAGACUCAUCGUGGGAGGAUUAUUCUGAGUUCUAUAAUUAUGUCAGUCAAGUGUCUCUUUUUAUGUUUACCAACCUCAGAGGUAUUUUCAUGCAUGCAGGAUGCAUAUCAUGUUGGUAGUAUCUUCCACCAUCUUGUAGAGUUAACGCUAUGCACAUGUGAUGAGCAGUGGUUGAACCUACUUCUUCGUUUGCUUGGAGAUUCCCCUAAAUUACGAUCUCUCAGACUUAUUCAGGUACAUAACCCCUGCUGGAUUAAACCGAGCCCCUGCUGGAUUAAACCGAGUUCAGUUCCUAAAUGUUUGUUAUCGAGUUUUGAAACUCUAGAAUGUAGAGACUAUGAAGGAAAAGAAGAAGAGAAAGAACUGCUAGGAUAUAUCUUAAGAAACGGAAGCUGUUUAAAAAAGGUAACUGUGUCCUCCACAUCCACUGACAGCGAGAAGAAACUUGAGAUGAUCAAGGAGGAGUUAUUGUCCAUCAGGCGUUCACCUACCUGUCAGCUUGUAUUUAACUGA